AACUUCUCCUUUGCUCUAACAACUGAGACAGCUGCACAAAGGAAGCCAUGGGAGGCACAGGUCCUUCUGAGAUCUGGUUCUCUCCUGUCACAAGGGUACUACUCCUGCUGGGUUUACUCUGGGAAGAGUCUCUGUGCCAGAUCUCAAGAUACGAGACCAAGAGGCAGCCUAUGGUGACUGUUCUGGAGGGGAUGUGUGCCUGGGUCCCCUGCAACAUCUCUUCCCCUAUGGAAUACAACUUUAAGGUCUUCCCAAAGUAUGGCUAUUGGUUUAAGAAAAGAACUUAUGAAAAAUAUGACAAGCUUGUGGCCACAAAUGACCCAGAUCGGGAGGUGGAAAUAGAAGACCAGGGCCGAUUCCACUUUGUAGGGAAUCCCGGAAUGGACAACUGCUUCCUGAGCAUCACAGAGACCCAGAAAGCUGACAGUGGGCAAUAUUAUUUCUGGAUGGAGAGAGGGGAACAAGUGAACCAGACUUACAUGAAACUUUUAGUUUAUGUGAACGUGACAGACUUGACCCAGAAACCAGAUAUCUACAUUCCAGAGAAGCUAGAGUCGGGGAAAGCAGUGACUCUGAAUUGUUCAUUUCCUUGGGUCUGUGAGGAAAGUAAGACCUUCAGAUUCUCCUGGAUGGGGGCUGCCCUCCCCUCCCAGCAAAAAGUGCUCAGUUCUUCCCCCUACUCAGAGAUCUCCUUCAUUCCUGAGCCCCAGCAUCAUGGCACCAACCUCACCUGUCAGCUGACCUUUCCUGGACACCAAUUGAGCACAGAGAGAACCGUCCAACUCAGUGUGUCCUUGUUCUCAGCCCAGGAAAACAGCUCUUGGCCACUGAUGUUCACGCUGCUCCGGGGAGCCCUCAUGGGGGCCGGCUUUGCCCUCACCUAUGGCCUCACCUGGCUCUAUUACACCCGGAGAUCUUGAUGGAAGGAGCACCCACUGGGUCCAGAAGCAGCCCAGUCCUCCAUGUGACAUUGUUCCUGGCCUUGGACCCAGCCCAGACCUGCUUCCUUCCACUCAGAGGCCUAAGUUCUACCUUCAGGACCAAGCAAGUCAAGUGUGACCCUCCAACUACAGGACCAACCCCAGGACUGGGAGACAAUCCUCAGGCCUUCCUUGUUCUUUUCCUUUAAGUAUUUAAAAAUAUAAAUUAUUUAUUAGCAAAAAUGGAUUCAAAGUAUAUAACAAUGAAUUGCCAGUACAAAAAAAUAUUAGUGGAAGAAAUGAUAUUCUUGAGAGUCCAUCUUAUCUUUACUUCCUGGUAAAUUGUUCUUUUGCUCUCGGCUCUUUUAGUCUUUUCAGCCCCCUUUCAUCCCUACCACCUCCCCUCAGCAGCCUAUAGUUAAGAGAGGAUAUCUUAAUGUAAUACAGAUAGACACAUACACACAAACACCCCCCAUACCCUCACACACACACACACACACACACACACACACACACACACACACCUGCUCUGUGCCUGCUGACUCUACUUUGAUUCUGCUCCUUAACUUGUCUUGCUAUAAUUUAACCUCCCUCCACCCUGGAUCCCUCCCUCAUCUUUUCUUGUUUCUCCCACCUGCCCAUCCUCCCUCUCUUUCUUUAUAAAUUUUGUUAGGUGCAACACUCUUAAUGUUAUGUAUGUAGUGUUGCCUGUUUAUCCCAUUCCCAAUUUGAAUUGGUUUUCAGAACUAAGAGCUCUCCUCCCUCUGCAAGCCUCUGUCUCUAUUCUUCCUCUGCAUCUCAUUUGUAUAACAUGAUUAUUAUUUUUACCUUAACUCUGCCCCAAUAUUUCUUUGGAGGUCCCUUCUUGCUGAUGUCACUCUUAAACAUGUGGUAUACAUUUCCCAUGUAAAAAAAUAAAUAUGUCAUGUUCUUUGACACUGA